GACUUUGUUUGAGUCACAAAAGUCACAACAUAAUCUUCUAUAAAGAACAGACAAGAAAAGAAAAGAACAUAAUCUCCUAAGUCAUGGCAACAGCAGUGAUCAAAGUGGCAGCUCUUUCUGGUUCCAUCAGAAAAGUUUCAUACCAUUCAGGCCUUAUCCGUGCUGCAAUUGAGUUGAGUAAAGGAGCAACUGAAGGCAUUGAGAUUGAGUUCAUUGAUAUUUCAACUCUACCUAUGUAUAACACUGAUCUUGAGAAUGAAGGAACUUAUCCACCUCUUGUUGAAGCUUUUCGCCACAAGAUUCUUCAAGCUGAUAGUGUUCUUUUUGCUUCUCCUGAGUAUAACUACUCUGUCACAGCUCCAUUGAAGAAUGCAAUUGAUUGGGCAUCUAGACCACCAAAUGUUUGGGCUGGCAAAGCAGCUGCAAUCAUAAGCACUGGAGGAGACUUUGGCGGUGGAAGAUCACACUAUCAUCUACGCCAAGUUGGAAUUUAUAUCGAUCUUCAUUUCAUCAAUAAACCUGAGUUCUUUAUAAGAGCAUUUGAGCCACCUGCAAAGUUCAAUACUGAUGGCGAUUUGAUUGAUGAAGAGGCUAAGAAUAAGUUGAAACAAGUUCUUUUAUCUUUGCAGGCAUUUACUCUAAGGCUUCAAGGCAAAAACUGAGUCUUAAAUUAUCAGUAUAUGAUUUUGGAUUUAGAUAUGUGAGCCUUGAAAAUGUAUUAUUUCCUCACAUACAUUUUGAAUAAUAAUGUGAAUGAUGAUUAAUGAGACCAAAUUAUUCACAUUGGUCAAGCCUAAAUCAUGUGCUUGAUAUAUACUAUCUUUUUUGGUUUCAAGAUAAAGUGAUUAUGUUAAGAGUCAAGAGUGCAAUAAUAUAAAGUUUCUCUACAAAGUUGUUGAAAUUAAAUUCCAUAUUUAGAUGAUUUCA